AUGAGGACACCGCAGACUCCGUGCCCCCCAUUCCCAUGCCCGCCGCCGCCGCAGCCGCCGUGCCCGGCCGUGUGCCCCCCACCCCCUCCCCCACCAGCUUGUCGGGUUAAGCCCAUCAUGCGCGGGUUACACUGGGCACAGACAACAUCUAGGCUGACUGAAGCGCUGCUUCUCAGCACUGUAGUGGGAGCGACUGUGUACUUAACGUAUGUUCGGCCGAAAAUGGAGCGUUAUAGGGAGUUUUAUGCACUUUCAGAAUUUGAAGAUUGGGCCGAUGAAAUGGGAAAAAUGGGUCUGUUUCAAGCUGUUCCUAAAGAAGGCUUCCCAAAGAAAGACAAAAAGAAAUAG